AUGUUGCGUAUAUUAUUCAAUGGUUUAAAAUUUUCUUUAUUAUUCUUAUGUUUUUCUAUAAUUGGUUAUAUAUUUGGUAUAUAUUAUUGGCAAACAUUUAUUCGAUUUCCUUGUCCAUCAACAUUAAUUCCAAUGACACGAAUAAAAUAUUCAUUUUAUGAUCAUUUUCAAUAUCGAACAAAAAAAACAUGUCAAAAUGAAAAUUCACAAUUAUUUUUAACAAUAGCUAUAAUAUCAUCAUACGAACGAUUAUUAAUUUAUUUACCUUCAAUAUUUAAUACAUGGAUAUUAACAACAACAAUUGAUAUUGAAAUAAUUAUAUUUAUUGAAGAAAAAUCUUUAAUAUCAGAAGAAUUUAUUGAAAAUUUUUUUUUUGAAUUAAAUAAAAAUCUAAGUCAAUAUAUUAAAUCUUGUUUAUAUAUUGUUAAAUUAAAACAUGUUGAAAAUAAUUAUCCACCACAAAAAAAAAGUUUCUAUGCUAUGAAAUUUAUUUAUGCAUUUUAUCGUCAAAAAACAUCAUGGUUAUUACGUUUAGAUGAUAAUGCUUAUGUUAAUAUUGAAGAACUAGUUAAAUGGCUUAAAUCAAUUGAUCAUAGAAAAACUUUAUAUAUAGGACAAGGUGGAUCUGGUAGACGAAAUGGAUCAGCCAUUCAUUUUCCAUCAGAAAAAUAUUUUUGUAUGGGUGGUAGUGGAGUUAUACUUUCUCAAAGUACUUUAAUUCAACUCGGUCCAUGGCUUGAUCAUUGUUUAAAUAAUGAAAUUCGUACUCCACAUGAAGAUGUUGAAUUAGGUCGUUGUAUAUUAAAUCAUGUUCAUAUUAGUUGUACAAAAGCGCAUAAUACAAGAUCUUUAUUUUAUCAUCAUUAUGGUCCUCGAUAUAAAUUUGGUUAUGAUUUUACACCAACAAUUGUUUCUCAAGCAUUAAUUAUACAUCCAAUUAAUGAUCAAAAUACAUUUCAACAAAUAUUUACUUUUUAUAUACGACUAAAACAAGAAAAACAAUAUUUAGAAAAUAAUACAUCGUUAAAAAAAUUAAUAAAUAGAAAAACUUAUGGAAUAUUUCUAUCAGAAGUGACAUUUGAUGUUUCACGAGAUGUAUUUUAUCAAAAGAUUGAUGUAAGAUGGAGAUCAUAUCUUGAACAAGCUGUUCGAUCAUAUAUUGAAAAAACAAGAAUGAGUUGGCGUCAACGUUCCUUUAAUUGGACAUUGGUUAAUGGUAAAUUCGUAUUCGGUUAUUAUCGUAUAAUGCCAACAUAUGGCUUAGAAGUAAUAGUUGAAGUUCUACUAACUGCUUAUUCAGUUUCUAUAUAUCCAACUAAAGUUGCUUUUACUCAACAACGAUUUCGUAUGAAUCAACCAUUUACAAAUAAACAUCGUUUUGAUUAUCGAGAAAUAACUGAUAUUAAAACAAAUGAAAAUAUUUAUCAAUUAAAUUUAAUUGUUAUUUCACAUAAUAAAGAUGAAGCAUUAAUAAGAUUAAUAAAUAAUUAUGAAAAUGAAGUAUUAAAUUAUCCUUUUCGACAUGAACAUUUUACAUUAACAAUACUUUAUUUUUCUCAAAAAAAUCAAACAACUAAUAGAAUUGCUAAUCUUAUAAAUGAUUUAUCUGUCAGAUAUAUGUCAAUUAUUCGUAUAUCAAUUAUUAAUCAAAACCAAACUUCUUAUAAUCGUGGACUUGGUCGUCAAUUAGCUUCACAAUUAUUUACUAGUAAUCAAUUAUUAUUUUUUUUAGAUGCUGAUCUUUUAUUUACUGGACAAGCAUUAGAUAGUACUCGUCGUUUAAUGAUUCAUCAAUUAUCUAUAUCAUCAUGUGCAGUUUAUUUUCCAAUUAUAUUUUCAGUUUUUUCAAAUAUAUCUGUUGUUCAUAAUAAUUCAAUAAUUAAUGUUAAUUCAAAAAAUGGUUUAUUUUCUAUUUAUGGUUUUGGAAAUGUUGCUGUACGUAAAAAAGAUUUAGAUAAAAUUGGUGGAUGGGAAACUAAUAAUCAUGAUUGGGGUAUGGAAGAUGUUAAUUUAUAUCAUCGAUUUAGUGAUCCUUCAUCAGAAUGUUAUGUAUUUCGAGCAGUUGAACCUGGUUUAAAACAUUAUUAUCAUAAAAAAAUGUGCAAUGGAAUUGCGAAUAAAGCACGAGAAAAAAUGUGUCUUGAUGCAGAUGCAAUUUUAAUCGGAUCACAAAUGGAUAUGAUUAAUUAUUUAUUUAGUAAUACAAAUUUGACUAUUUAA